CAUCGUUACCAGCUGGUAUUUUCUUUCCUCAGGACCAGCUGUUCCGGAGCAUCCCGGACCGGAGCCAGGCGCAUCGGAGACUUGGAUCUAACCGGAGGCAGCAGCCGAGGCCUGCGCAGCGAUGUCGGUGUUAGAGGAAAGCCGACCGUUUGCCCAGCAGCUUUCCAAUGUCUACUUCACGAUCCUUUCGCUGUUCUGUUUCAAGCUUUUUGUGAAAAUCAGCCUGGCCAUCCUCAGUCACUUCUACAUAGUGAAAGGCAACCGCAAGGAAGCCGCACGGAUAGCAGCUGAGUUUUAUGGAGUAACCCAAGGACAAGGUUCCUGGGCAGAUCGAUCACCACUCCAUGAAGCGGCAAGUCAAGGUCGUCUUCUUGCUUUAAGAACAUUAUUAUCACAGGGUUAUAAUGUCAAUGCAGUAACCAUAGACCAUGUCACCCCAUUACAUGAAGCCUGCCUUGGAGAUCACGUGGCCUGUGCCAGAACGCUUCUGCAAGCUGGAGCUAACGUAAAUGCAAUCACCAUAGACGGUGUGACCCCGUUAUUCAAUGCAUGCUCACGAGGCAGCAGAAGCUGCACAGAACUGCUUCUAGAAUACGGCGCCAAACCCCAGCUGGAGUCCUGUCUUCCUUCUCCUACACAUGAGGCCGCCAGCAAAGGUCACCACGAGUGUCUAGAAAUACUGAUAUCCUGGGGCAUAGACGUUGACCAAGACAUUCCUCAUCUGGGAACUCCUCUGUAUGUGGCUUGUAUGUCCCAGCAGUUCCAUUGCAUCCGGAAGCUUCUUUACGCUGGUGCUGACGUACAAAAAGGCAAAUACUGGGAUACCCCAUUACAUGCUGCUGCUCAACAGUCCUGUCCAGAAAUUGUUAACUUACUGCUGGAAUUUGGAGCAGAUAUCAAUGCCAAAAACACAGAGCUUCUGAGACCCAUAGAUGUGGCAACCUCUAGCAGUUUGGUGGAAAGAUUAUUGCUUCAACAUGAAGCCACCCCGAGCUCUCUGUGCCAGCUUUGCCGACUCUGUAUCAGAAACUACAUAGGAAGAGCAAGAUUACACCUUAUCCCACAGCUCCAGCUGCCAACAUUAUUGCAGAAUUUCUUACAGUACCGAUAAGGCAGUAAAAUAAUCCAAAAAAAUUUGAAAAUUAAGCAUUUCUAUUUCAUCCGCAUAGUGUAUAUUUCAUAUUAAAAUAUGCUAAAGGUAGGGUCAUGAGAUAUGAGAACAUGCAGGGAAGAAGUGAAGUAGCAAUUUUAGUUAAAGUGUACUAGUAUGUACUGUUAUUUUAUGCAUUUUUACUGUUUGUGGACUACUGUAUGUUUAAAAUAUCUAUAUAUUAUUAGCGAUUCCCAUAUAUCCCUUUGUUGAUUUAGAAAAAAAAUGAGGAAUUGUCCGUUUUUUAAAGAAUGAAACCGAAAAAUGUGAACCCUUACCAAAAGUAUUCAUAUAUUUUUAAAGGUCUGUGUUCUUCAAAUAGCAUGUUAACUUCUAAAUUUUGGUGACUGUAAUUAUCUCUGUAUUUUGAUAUUAAUAUAAAAUAUAAGUAUGGUUUCCUUUACUUCCUUUUAGAAGUAAAGUUGACUCUCAUUCAGGGACUCUCAUGUUGAAAGUGUACCUGUCAUUAUAAUGAUAAAUUCCGUAAAGAAAAGACAGAGCUUCCCUGAAGUGACCCCACUGGUCACUUCACCAUCUUAAGUAAGUGGACCUAUUUCAGAAACUUGUAGGACACCACUACCACCAGACUUCCAGAGAAGUCUGGAACAUUACACACCUUCUCAAGCUGUUUCAAGACCCCCUUCUUCUCAAGGUCUCCCUUCUGUGCUUUUCCAUGUGUCACUCCAGGCUCCCUCCACUUCAGAAACUGCCACUAGCUGGUGAUACCUGGGUUGAGGAAAACGAACUUCACAUAUAGUUGAUAAAAAGGCUCCAAUCACACUCCAGGGAUCAGGGAAGUCCAAGGCUGUAGAAAAUGGAAGAUAAAAUAGCACCUUGGAGUUCCUGUUGUGGCUCAGCAGGUUAAGGUUCUGAUGUUGUCUCUGGGAGGAUGUGAGUUCGAUCCCUGGCCUCACAUGCGUGGGUUAAGGACGCAGCAUUGCCAUAUUGCAGUCAAGGUUGCAAACAUGGCUCAGAUCUGUCUUUGCUGUGGUGUAGGCUGGCAGCUGUAGCUCCGGUUUGUCCCCUAAGCUGGGAACCUCCAUAUGCUGCAGGUGUGGCCCUAAAAGAAACAAACAAAAGAUGCCUUAACUUAUGGGAUUUUCAAGGAAAAGGGGGUACCACUUAACAAAUGUAGAAACCUUAGGAAAUUUACUCUCUCUGUAAACCCUCAUCACAGCGUUUCUGAUCCUUUUACGCAAAGCAAGUGUUCGGCACUAACUGUAUACCAAAGAGAGCUGUACACAAGAAAAUAUUUGUAUAGAGGUGUUCUCUGCAGGGGUUAACUCUCUUCUGCUUAACUAUACUUGAGUGCAUGUAACACAAAAAUGAAGAAACAAAACAUGUGCCUUCUUUGUAAUUUAGGUUAGAUUCGAAUCUUUUAUGGAUUUAGGAAUAAGAAAAUCAAGAUAUUUACAACAUUGUAAGGUAAAAAUAUUUUCUUUUUUGGCUCACGUUAUUUAUUAUUUAUUUAUUUAUUUUGGCUGCCCUGCGGCAUAUGGAAUUCAGGCCAGGGAUCAUAUCCUAGCUGGCUUCAGUUGCCUCAGUUGGUACCUAUGCUGCUGGUGUGGCAAAGCUGUAUCCUUAACCUACUAUGCCAGGCUGGAGCUCGAACCUGUGUCUCAGCACUCCAGAGAUGCUGCCAAUCCCAUUGCACCACAGCAGGAACUCCUAGAAGAAAAUAUUUUGAUGAGUUUUAUAAAUGUAUCAAAUCUUGAUAAAAUAUUUUGACCACUAUUUUGAUGAGCCAGGGGCCUAUUUUCCUUUUUUCUUAGUUCUCAGCUGACUUCAGAGACCCAUGGGAAAUAAGCUAUUAUUGUUUGUAACCUCAGAGUUACUAAGAUUGCAUUUUCAUAUGUUUAGAUUUUGGAAAGUAGAAAUAAAGCUGUAGCAUGUUUGUUUAAAUAAUGUCUUCUUUGUUGCUAGAGAUUUUUAAAUGAGUCUGUUUUCUAAAUAUUUCCGUCUAGCAAAUUUGUGCAAUACUCAGAAAAAUGUGCAUUAAAAUUUUUUAUUAUAGAAUAACCCUACUAAAUAUAACUAUGUGUUAAAACUGCUUUUUAGUAAAACAAUUUUCUAUUAGCAUUUUCCCUGCACUAGAGGUCAUCAUAAGAGUAUAAGAGGAAUAACAAUAAGAGGAGUAUAUAUCAAAUAUUAAGAAAAAUUGACACUUGGAAAUUUUUGUAUGCUGAUACCUUGUAUCUUAGCUUCAGUGUGAUUGUCUUAUCAAAGAAUUGUUCAUAUUUAGAUAUAUCAUAUGUUUGUUAAUAUAUUAAAGUGUGAUGUUUAUCCCUGGAAUAAAGCACUUUCUCCUAUUA